UGCUAAGUUAGAGUUUCAGUCAGUUGAAGGCGUUCUCCAAAGAGUGCUGGAUCGAUUCGCCAACACUCUAAAUUUACGAUUUACGUCAAAAAAUAAAAACAAAACCAGAAGGAAGAGACCUGUUUGAUUACAAAUUGAAUUUGAAACGAGUCGUUAUUAGUUUGAAGAAGUUAAAGUACUUAAAACACCGUAAUAGAUAAAAGCAAUAAACUCAUAAAACAAUUAGUGACAAAUAGAGACAAAGUAAAUAUUGUAAAAGUAUUUAGUUGAGAUAAUGGUUUUUAGGAAAUCUGUAAAAGUACGAGAAACCGGUGCUGAGAGUGAUAAACAAAAUGCCUUCGGUAUUCGCCAUAUGCAAGCGUUGCUCAUGUUCUUCGGUAUGGUGUUUGGUUACUUCUUGCGUGUUAAUAUAUCUGCUGCCAUAGUGCCCAUGACGAGUUCGCGGACAGACGGCGAUGCAUAUUACGAUUGGGAUACCUCAACAAAAUCAUUAAUUUUGAGUAGUUUUUUUUGGGGUUACGUCGUAGCUCAAGUGCCAUCGGGUAUGCUCGCCAAACGUUUCGGAGGUAAACUAGUCCUGGGCUACGCCACAGUUCUUGCUUCUGUGAUAACCAUACUACAUCCGUUGGGUGCAUCUGGUGGUAGUUGGCAAAUAAUCUGUGCUCUCCGUGUACUUAUCGGACUGACCCAAGGUGUUCUCUAUCCAUCUAUACAUACUCUCUUAGCCAAAUGGGCACCACGAACUGAGCGUAGUUUUCUGGCUACAUCGGUGUAUUCAGGAGCGCAAGUAGGCUCGGCCAUUAUAUUGGCAACAAGCGGUUUCAUCUUCGACUCCAGUAUGGGAUGGCCGGGUAUUUUCUAUAUUUCCGGUGCUAUUGCUUUGGCUUGGUCGAUUUUAUUUUUAGUUUUUGGCGCGGAUGCGCCUCAUAACUCAAAGAUGAUAUCAAAACAGGAGCGUGAAUACAUUGAAAAACUAACGGGCAGCGGCUUAGAGAGUGCGUCAAUGACUGUACCGUGGAAGUCGUUCUUCACAUCAGCACCGUUUUACGGACUUAUAGCUGCUCAAACAGGUUUCACAUGGGGCUUUUACACAUUACUUACCGAAAUACCAACCUACAUGAAUUCCGUGCUUAAGUUAAAUGUUGCAUCGAAUGCCUUACUAUCGGCCCUACCGUAUUUCGUUAUGUGGCUAUUAUGUUUGAUUGUUAGUCCCAUUUCGGAUAUGCUCAUAAAUAAACAAAUUCUGAGCACAACAACUGCUCGCAAACUCUUCAACACAAUUGGUCAGUGGAUACCUAUGGCUUGUUUAGUUGGUAUGAGCUAUAUGACGAGUGACGAGCGUGUAGAGGCUAUCAUUUUGCUAACUAUUGGCGUGGGCUUCAAUUCUGCCGCUUUUUGUGGAUACUUAGUAAAUCAUAUGGAUCUAUCUCCGAACUUCGCCGGGACGAUGAUGUCUAUUUCGAAUGGUGUAGCCAAUUUUAUGUCGCUUUUUGCGCCACUGAUUGUGGGUGCCAUUGUUGCUGAUGAGGAGGAUCCAGGGGAAUGGCGAAUUGUUUUCUUUAUUACGGCCGGCAUUUAUUUAGUGGGCAACUUUUUGUUCAUUGUUUUCGGUCAAGCAACGGUCCAACCAUGGAAUGACCUAGUAAACUCAUCCACAAGAACACAGACCAUUGGUACCACAGGACAAAGUACGGCGGGUGCUAUAAUUUUAGCUGAGUGAAUUGAGAUUCCUUAGUCGAUUUCAUCUUAUAAAGAAUCCUUGUUGCGAACUGAUAGGUUAAGGAAAAAUAUUGAGUAUAAGAAGUGACAAAUAAAUCUAGAUCAAAAACGUA